AUGGAGCAGUCGCCCCUCAUUGGUGAGAGCGUGUACGCUCCCAGCUGGCCUGUGGUGCAGCCGCCGGAACCCUCCUUCUACUCCCAGGGCUGCUGCCGAACCUGCUUAAACAUCCCCGGUGCCUUCGGCUGUGGAGGUUGCCGCAUUUGCUGCUACUCGAUCUUGGCCUUGCCGCUCUUCGUCUUGCUGUUGGGGCUGUAUCCCGUUUUGGCGGCACUAGUGCUGGUGCUUCUGGUCUUGCUUGGGCUGCCCAUCAGCUAUGCCAUCAUCUACCUUCUCUGCCUAAACCCGCCGCCGGAAUUGGCCUGGAAGUUUGCGAAGCUCACCCAGCUGCUCCGACUUACUUUCUACCAGUUUCCGAAGCCCUCCGAGUGGAGAGUGGAUCAGCUCGCACCCAAGGGAAUUCUGCAGACGGGGCUCUUGCAGUACGCCAUCGCGAUCCGAGUUCCCUUCCUCCAGCAGGAUGAGCUCUAUGCCGGUGGGCUCUUUGAGCGAAUCCUGCGUUCCGCCCCAUCGCCAGAGUUUGUGACUUCCGGCAUCUUCAGCACGCUACCUCAGAAGAAGCUCAAGGAGAUGUCCCUGUUCAGGGAGGGGGAGAACCCCGUGGAGUAUGUCAUGAACGUGGUGCAAGACAUCUACCCACGCAUCAUCCAAGAGUGGACCGACAAGACUUCAGACCGUGCUCUGACUCACCUGUGCCUACAUGGUCUUGGUGCUCAUCGUUUAGAGCGAGCCGACAGCCGGGCUCACCCUGGCUGCAGCUAUGUGGUGCGCACCAAUCAGCUGUCGACCCUUCCGGUGCGUGAGGGAUAUGAGACAUAUGGUAACGACGCCUACUUCGACCAGGAUUUCCGUGCGGUGAAGAUUGUGCGCUUUGAGAACGGGGAGGUUUGGGAGGACCAGAAGGUCACGACCUUCCUCGCAGAUGGCUCUCGGGAUUGGGAGUAUGCGAAGUUUUGCUUCCGGUGCUCGCUCUUCACCUUGGUGACUCUGGUGGACCAUCUGUACGGGGUCCAUUUGCAGCUUGCAAAUAUUGGGGUGCAGGCUAUGAGGGAGCAAUUGUCCGUGGACCAUCCGGUCAGGCGAUUCUUGGUGCCUUUCUCUUAUGGGAGCAUCAAUAUCAAUGACUUGGCUCGAACGACCUUGGUGACCCGGGACUCCUGGUUGCCUCGUGCAGUGGCGCUGGACGAUGAAGGCUUGCAGUUGGCUUGGGCUUCGGCUUUCCAGAUCCUACCGCCGGACUACAUCAUCACCGAGAGCGACCCCAUCAAGAUGCUGGAGUUCAUCUUCGACCGCGAGGCGCAGAUCGAGAAGAAGCGGAGCCAGGGCCUCUUCACGGCCUACUACAAGCAAGCCUUGCAGUACUGGAAGAUCUUGCAUGGCUUCGUGUCACGCUACCUGGACCACUACUACGGCACAGGGGCCAAGGGGGAUUUGGCCAUGGCGGCAGAUCAGGAGCUGAGGCUCUUCAUGCUGCAGGUCGUCAACCUGGUCCAAACCCUCGCAAGCCCCUUGAGCGGGCACCAUGUGAAUGAGAUCUGGCCCUCUCUCAGCGACUCACGGAAGCGUGGGAUCAUGACGAACUUCAUCGCGCGCUUCUGCGAGCUCGCCACGGCAGGGCAUGAGCAGGUGGGUGGCGUGCAAGCCUACGCCCAAGAUCCUUCCUUCUGCUCCUUCAGCUGGCCCAAGACGCUUCGAAGGGAAGGUGUUCUUGCGGCGCCCAAGGAGGUCGGUGUGGGCGUUGCCUUGAUCAUGGCCCUGACCAGUACACCCAUGCCAAGGCUCCUGGUAAGGGAGCCCACGGAUGACUGGUCACAUCUCUUCCCGGCACCAUCGGAAUCAGAUCGGUCUCGGGUCCACGCGAUCUUCCAACGAUUCCAAUCAGAGCUUCAGACCUUCUCCGAGGAGUGCGAUGACUACAAUGCCGAAGCGAAGAACAGAACCUUCCCAAAUGACUUUGGGAUCUGGGUCUUCAACCCCAAGUACCUGGAGACCAGCGUCUCGAUAUGA